GGCCGCCUUCGCGGCCCAGCCGGGCCUGUUGCGCUCCGGCCCUGUCGGCCGCGCCGGAGGCCAGCCUCUCAGCGCCGGCGCCGCCGCGUGGGCACCCGCCGCCUCGGCGCCGGAGGCCGCCCCCCUCGGCGGGGCCCGCCCGGGCGCCGCCGCUGCUGGCAUCUGCGCGCUGGCCUGCGCCCUCGCCGGCUUCGCGGCCUCGGCCCCGGCGCCCCGGCCUGCGGUGCGCGGAGGGCGCCGCGCCACGCCCCGCGCCGCCGUGGCGCUGAACGCCCCGCAGAGCCCCGCGGCGGCGCCUGCCAGCGAGCGCCGCACAGGCCUCUUCAUCGGAGAGGCGACCCAGACGAAGCCCGCGGAGGCCACGCCGAUCCUCGCCUCGACCGAGGUGCCGGUGAUCGGAUCUGUGUUCGCGGGGUCGACGCUGGAGAGCGCGCCCGCGGCUGCAGCGGCGGUGGGCGCCCGUGCCUCCGGGCGCCGCGCCGCGGCCCGCCUCGUCGGCGGCAGGCGCUGCCGCAGGGCCACCUCGCGCGGAGCCACCCGCGGCAGCGAGCGCGCCUCUCGCCGGAGCGCGGGUGCGGCGCUGAGCCAGGAUGAGCCGAUCUACGAGGUCACGCCGCCGAGCUUCGACGCGAGCACGCUGCGCACGGAGAUCCAGUGCGGCCUCCGCACGUCCUCCAGGAUCAAGUCGGUGAAUGUGCGCGAGUUCAAGACGCGAUCCUCUGCAAAGGGGUCAAGAGAAAGCACAGGACUAUUUGGACAACGCGUACACGUAGAACUAAGAGAAUGGAUCGAUACGACGAUUGUCUGUUGAUCUUUCGUUUCAGGC